AUGGGUAAGAAGAGCAAGGGUCUCUUCACCUUUCGCCGCCGGUCUAAGAAACCCGCCGUGCCAUCUCCGUCUCCGCCGCAUCCUACGGCGGUCGAAAUCACUAGUUCACCGUCGGAGAAUCGAUUGGUUACAAAAGCUAAGAAAAAAACCGGUGGAGCCAGGCUAUGGAUGCGGUUCGACCGGUCUGGCCGGUCGGAGCUCGUGGAGUGGGAGAAAAACACGAUCAUCCGCCAUGCCGCAAUUCCAGCAAGAGACCUCAGGAUUCUUGGCCCUGUCUUCUCCCAUUCAUCCAAUAUACUCGCGAGAGAUAAAGCGAUGGUGGUUAAUUUGGAGUUUAUAAAAGCAAUAGUAACAGCUGAAGAAAUUUUAUUGCUUGACCCUUUACGUCAGGAGGUUCUUCCGUUUGUUGAACAAUUGAGGCUACAGCUUCCACACAAGGCUCAACCAAAACUUCUUGGUGGUGGUGAUGAACAAGAUUUGCCUGUUCCUGAGGGUGGUGAAGGUUUACCUUCCGAGCUUCUGCUUCCGUUUGAGUUUCAAGUGUUGGAGAUUGCUUUGGAAGUUGUGUGUACUUAUCUGGAUUCGAAUGUUGCUGACCUUGAGAGAGGUGCUUAUCCUGUGUUGGAUGAGUUGGCUAGGAAUGUUAGUACCAAGAAUCUUGAACAUGUUAGAAGCUUGAAGAGUAAUCUUACUCGAUUGCUUGCACGUGUACAGAAGGUGCGAGAUGAAAUUGAACAUCUGUUAGAUGACAAUGAAGACAUGGCUCAACUAUAUUUGACAAGGAAGUGGUUGCAAAAUCAACAACCUGAGGCUCAGUUAGGAGCUACGACCUCAAAUAACCUUUCAAUUGUUCGACGACUUAAUUCUACCAGAAGUGGAAGUGUUGUGACUAGCAAUGAUGAUAAUGAUGUGGAGGACUUGGAGAUGUUGCUUGAAGCAUACUUUAUGCAGUUGGAUGGAACUCGUAACAAGAUAUUGUCUGUUAGGGAGUAUAUUGAUGACACUGAAGACUAUGUCAACAUCCAACUUGAUAACCAUAGGAAUGAGCUUAUCCAACUGCAGUUGACAUUGACUAUUGCAUCAUUUGCUAUUGCUAUUGAGACAUUGAUUGCUGGUGCAUUUGGUAUGAACAUUCCAUGUUCAUUAUACGAGAAAGACGGAAUUUUUUGGCCGUUUGUUGGGACUAUCACUGCAGUUUCCGUAUUCCUUUUCCUGCUUGUUUUAGCAUAUGCUAAAUGGAAAAAGUUAUUGGGAUCGUAA